CUGUAGCGGCCGGAGCCGGGCCCGGGCAGACAUGGAGGUAGUGGACGAGACGGAGGCGCUGCAGCGGUUCUUCGAAGGCCAUGACAUCAAUGGGGCCCUAGAGCCUUCUAACAUAGACACAAGCAUCCUAGAGGAAUAUAUCAGCAAAGAGGACUCUUCAGACAUCUGCUUCCCCGAUAUACCUGCUCCUGCCGGCUACCCACACACCCAGCCCUCUGCCUCCAGCGGUGGCCAUCACCUGAGCCCACCAGGGGGUGGGGGAGGACCCUCCUCAGGCCGCCAUGGCCCCCUCCCACCCCCGCCCUGCGGGCCCGGCUUCAGUGCCCACCUCAACGUCAACAACAACAAUGGUCUGGCGGUGCCCAAAGGCUUUGCAGGGCACUGUCUGAGCGGGGGCUCGGGGCCACCUAUCAAAUCGGAGCCCAAGGCAGCCUAUGCCCCAGGCGCUCUGCCCGAUUCCCCUCCGGACUCCGGCUCUGAGGCCUACUCCCCCCAGCAGGUGAAUGACCCUCACCUCCUGCGAACGAUGACCCCCGAGAACAUGUGCCACGUCACCAUGCCCGCCCGCCUGGAGCACCCUCCCCCUCCGCCUCCCGCCACCCACCUGGCCGGCCCUCCCCUGCCUCCCCCGCCCCACUACCCCGUCCUGCAGCGGGAUCUGUACAUGAAGGCAGAGCCUCUCAUGCCCCCCUAUGCCAUGGGGCAGGGCGUGGCCCCCGGGGACCUGCACCAUGCCCAGCAGUCGCAGAUGCUUCACCAGCUGCUGCAGCAGCAUGGCACUGAGCUCCCUGCACACCCUUCCAAGAAGAGGAAACACUCCGAGUCACCCCCCAACACCCUCAACGCCCAGAUGCUCAACGGGAUGAUAAAACAGGAGCCAGGUACGGUGGCAUCCCUGCCCCUCCAUCCUGCCAGAGCCCCAACGCCACCCUGGCAUCAGCAAGGUCCCCUCUCGCCAGGACCGGGAUCCCUCCCCCUCAGCAUUGCCAGAGUCCAGACACCACCCUGGCAUCCGCAGGGGCCACCUUCACCAGGCCUCAUGCAGGACACGGAGAGCCUGAACGGCUCUUACCUGGAUCCCAAUUACCAGUCUAUUAAAUGGCAGCCACACCAGCAGAACAAGUGGGCCACGCUCUAUGAUGCCAAUUACAAGGAGCUACCCAUGCUCACUUACCGGGUGGACGCCGACAAGGGCUUCAACUUCUCCGUGGGCGACGACGCCUUCGUGUGUCAGAAGAAGAACCACUUCCAGGUGACGGUGUACAUCGGCAUGCUCGGGGAGCCCAAGUAUGUCAAGACCCCCGAGGGGCUGAAGCCCCUGGACUGCUUCUACCUGAAGCUGCACGGAGUGAAGCUGGAGGCCUUGAAUCAGUCCAUCAACAUUGAACAGUCCCAGUCUGACCGGAGCAAGCGGCCCUUUAAUCCUGUCACGGUCACGCUACCUCCAGAGCAAGUCACCAAGGUGACGGUGGGCCGCCUGCACUUUAGCGAGACCACGGCCAACAAUAUGCGCAAGAAAGGCAAACCCAACCCGGACCAGAGGUACUUCAUGCUAGUGGUAGCGCUGCAGGCUCACGCCCAGAACCAGACAUAUACGCUGGCCGCCCAGAUUUCAGAGCGCAUAAUCGUCAGGGCUUCCAACCCAGGCCAGUUUGAGAGUGACAGUGACGUCCUGUGGCAGCGGGCCCAGCUGCCCGACACGGUCUUCCACCAUGGCCGUGUGGGCAUCAACACGGACCGGCCCGACGAGGCCCUGGUUGUCCACGGCAACGUGAAGGUGAUGGGCUCCCUCAUGCACCCUUCGGACAUUCGGGCCAAGGAGCACGUGCAGGAGGUGGACACCACCGAGCAGCUGAAGAGGAUUUCCCGGAUGCGACUGGUCCACUACAGCUACAAGCCAGAGUUUGCGGCCAGCGUGGGCAUCGAGGCCUCCCCUGAGACUGGGGUCAUUGCCCAGGAGGUGAAGGAAAUCCUUCCAGAGGCCGUAAAGGACACUGGAGAUGUGGUCUUUGCCAACGGGAAAACCAUCGAGAACUUCCUGGUGGUGAACAAGGAGCGGAUCUUCAUGGAGAACGUGGGGGCCGUGAAGGAGCUCUGCAAGCUGACGGACAACCUGGAGACGCGCAUCGAUGAGCUGGAGCGCUGGAGCCACAAGCUGGCCAAGCUGCGCCGGCUGGACAGCAUGAAGUCCACGGGCAGCUCGGGCGCCUUCAGCCAAGCAGACAGCCAGUUCAGCCGAGCCGGGAGUGUCCCCCACAAGAAGCGUCCCCCUAAGAUGACCAGCAAGUCGCCCUCCGUGGUGCCGGACCAGGCCUGCAUCAGCCAGCGCUUCCUGCAGGGGACCAUCAUUGCCCUGGUGGUGGUCAUGGCCUUCAGCGUGGUGUCCAUGUCGACGCUGUAUGUGCUCAGCCUUCGGAACGAGGAAGAUCUAGUGGGCAUGGAUGGCUCUUUCGCUGUGUCUGCUUCCUGUCUUCUGGCCCUCCUCCGGCCCCGGGACCCCGGGGAGAGUGUGGCCCUGUGUCCAUGGUCGAGUCAAAGCUACGGGACCACUCAACUCCGCCAGUCCCCAGCCUCCAGCAGCCCUCCAGGCCCCCAGCCCUCCUCCCAGCCCGCUGCCACUGGCCUGCCAGACUCUGCCCCCGCCCUCACUGUCCGUCACUUGGACCUGUGCCUCAGUCCACCCUGUCCCGUCGUUUGCUGCUCCCUGCCCACCCCGAGCCCCUCCUCUGGCCAGAGCCCUGCCCCCAGCCCCACUGCCAACCGCUCAGGCCCGAGCCAGACCUCGCUGCUGCCGGUCACCAGCAUCAGAGCCAAGUCUUGGGGCCUUUCGGCCAACGGGAUCGCCCACGUCAAGCCCCCCAAGAGCCUGGAGCCCCCAGCCAGCCCCUCAGCCCCCUUCACUGGCGUGCAGGGCAAGGCCAAGAACAGCCCCAACCUAUCUAUCCCCGCCCGCGCCCGCCGCAGGGCCCCCCUGCUGAGCCCUGCCAUGCCCCCGCCUACCCGCUCCGACGGCCCGCUCGGAGCACGGCCCACCCUGAGCUCUAUCCAGGUCCUGGAGAACUCUCUGCCCAUCACGUCCCAGUACUGUGCUCCAGGUGACACCUGCAGGCCAGGGAACUUCACCUACCGCAUCCCCAUCAGCAGCAACACCCCCCUCCACCUCAGCGUGACCCUGCAGAUGAACUCCAGCUCCCCUGUCUCGGUGACAUUCUGCAGCCUGGUGUCUCAGGAGAACCCGUGUGAGCAGGGCAGCUUUCCCCACAGCCUCCACGUCCACAGUGACACCCAGGGUACCUCCCACCAGUGGCCCGUGGCCAUCUUGUCAUUCCAGGACUUCGUGUACCAUUUCCGAGUGGCCCUGCUGGGUCAGGCCAACUGCAGCUUGGAAGCGCCCACCCAGGCCGUCACAGACUAUUUCUUCCACUUCUCCCGCCUGUGUGACUGAGCUGGGCCCCCA